CCCAUCAUUUUCUCCCCUUUCCCAUCAUUUUUUUUAACUAAUCAAUUAUUUAUUCUAUUAAUGAUUUAUUUUUAAAUACCCCAGCCGCCCAGAACAGCCACCCAAUUUGCUCUCUCUCUCCAAAAUAUCUACCAACACACACAAACACAAUAUCACUCCAUUGAGACAAAAGAAUCUGUCAAAAAACAUUAACAGUAGAGAGAGAGAGUUCAUCUUCUUCAUCGCAUCCUUCAACAACAAAACCAAUUGAUCCUGAAAGAAAAAAAUUACAGAUAAAAAUGAACCCAUUACUGUUUUAGCCCCUCUUUUCAACAAUCCCUACCUUUCUCUCUCAACCCUAAAACAGUUUGUGAAUAAUUACCACCAUAUCCAAAAAGCAUCAUAUCAUGAGCAGCCUUGAAGAGUCUCUAAGAUCUCUGUCCUUAGACUACUUGAAUCUGCUCAUCAAUGGCCAAGCCUUCAGUGACGUCACCUUCAGCGUCGAGGGUCGUCUCGUCCACGCCCACAGGUGCAUCCUGGCAGCCCGGAGCCUCUUCUUCCGGAAAUUCUUUUGUGGGCCUGACCCACCGUUGGGUCUAGACCCCUCGGGGUCCAGGAUGAGUCCCGGUGGCACAUCGUCAUCGUAUCACCGGGGGUCAGGUAGUUCACCGCAGCAGCAGCAGGUGAUACCGGUGAACUCGGUGGGGUACGAGGUGUUCUUGUUGCUGUUGCAGUUCUUGUACAGUGGACAAGUCUCGAUAGUGCCUCAGAAACAUGAGCCGAGGCCUAAUUGUGGAGAGAGAGGGUGUUGGCACACGCAUUGCACCUCCGCCGUUGAUCUUGCCCUUGACACUCUUGCUGCCGCUAGAUCCUUUGGCGUUGAACAACUUGCAUUGCUCACUCAGAAGCAAUUGGCUAGCAUGGUGGAAAAGGCCUCCAUUGACGAUGUGAUGAAAGUCCUAUUAGCUUCCAGGAAACAAGACAUGCAUCAGCUUUGGACAACGUGCUCUCACCUUGUUGCCAAAUCUGGCCUCCCACCAGAAGUCCUUGCCAAGCACCUACCCAUCGAUAUCGUGGCCAAAAUCGAAGAGCUUCGUCUCAAAUCCUCCAUCGCCCGCCGUUCAAUGAUGCCUCAUCACCACCAUCAUCACCACCAUGACCUCGGGGCAGCUGCGGAUCUUGAGGACCAGAAAAUCCGUCGAAUGAGGCGGGCAUUGGACUCGUCAGAUGUCGAACUUGUCAAGCUCAUGGUAAUGGGGGAAGGCCUAAAUCUCGAUGAGGCAUUGGCAUUGCACUAUGCAGUCGAAAAUUGCAGCCGGGAAGUUGUGAAAGCGUUACUAGAACUUGGUGCAGCUGAUGUAAACUACCCGGCAGGGCCAGCCGGCAAAACCCCGCUUCACAUUGCUUCCGAAAUGGUGUCUCCGGACAUGGUGGCAGUCCUACUCGAUCACCACGCUGACCCAAAUGUCCGAACGGUCGAUGGGGUUACUCCUCUGGACGUACUCCGAACCCUAACUUCAGAUUUUCUAUUCAAGGGGGCUGUCCCGGGACUAACCCACAUUGAACCUAACAAGCUCAGACUCUGCCUUGAGCUCGUACAGUCCGCUGCUCUUGUUCUUUCACGCGAGGAAGGCAACAGCAAUGCAAACAACAAUCCUAAUUCUUCGAAUUCCACGGCGAUUUACCCACCACUAAGCGAUGAUCACCAUAGCAGUGGCAGCAGUGGCAGCAACAUUGGGAACCUUAACUUGGAUUCUAGGUUGGUGUAUCUGAAUCUUGGAGCAGCUCAUCAAAUGGGGUCUAGAAAUAUGGAGGGCCAUGAUCAUCAAGAUCAUGAUCAUCAUCAUAGGGCGCAAAGUGGUUGUGACCCAUCAACAAUGUACCACCACUCUCACGACUACUAGUACUACGUAGCUAUAUUAUUAGCUAAUUAAGACUCGUGAUCAUCACUUAUAAUAAUAUUAUUAUUAUUUUA